UUUCAUAAGACACAUCUGUGGUCAUUCUGUGGGCAAGGGGCAGGGUCAUCCACUCGUGCAUUUUACCAGUAAGUCUAUGGUCUAAUGAGUCUUCUCAAAUACAUCCUGUGGAUAGGCCAAGUACCCCCAGUGGUGCUAGUAUCCUUGGUUGGGAACCACUGUCCUAAAACAAUGAUAAAAAUACAUUGGUACAGGUCAAGGUCUGAGAGUACCUCACUUUGAAACAUCUUCAUUCGGAGUGUUUUCCAUUUCGUGCCUACUGAACAUGACCCUGUUUGUGACCUUUAUUGUUGUUUUCUGGGAACCCUUUGAUGUCCCUUAUAUACCCAUGAGUAUAAUAUUUCCACCAGCAUAAUAGUUUUAUAAUGAAGCCAUAAUCCCUGGGCUGUUAGUGUACACACGCAGAGCCAUUUCCCUAUGGACAAAUAGCACCCCACAAGAGAGAACACACUACGUACACACACUCUCCAAGUUGUUGGCGCUGGAAGCUUGUUUGCAUGAGCACAAACAAUAAAAUCCCUGAUCCCAUGAGGUGCGUAGUACACCCUAUCUCCAGGUUGACUCUUCAGAGGGGAGCAGUUGCACACAGACGCUCUCUAGUCCGUAGCGUAUCGUUUGACCCAUGGCGAACUUCACUACUAUGGACGACAACUGCUGCGCCUUCGAAUCUCCCAUUCUGGACCUGGUCCUGCCUCCUAUCCUGGUGCUGGAGUUCAUGUUCGGGCUGAUGGGGAACAUUGUGGCUCUGUGGAUGUUUAUCUUCCACAUGGACACCUGGAAGCCCAACUCUGUUUACCUCACACACCUUGCCGUGGCUGACUCCAUCGUCCUGUUCUGUCUGCCCUUCAGAGCCGACUACUACAGACGUGGCAAACACUGGAUCCAUGGUGAUGUCCUGUGCCGGCUUAUGCUGUUCCUGUUGGCGGCCAACCGUGCCGCUGGUAUCUUCUUCCUUACCGCGGUGGCCGUAGACCGUUACUUGAAGAUCGUUCACCCUAUGAACAAGAUCAACCGGAUGGGCCUGAACUAUGCUCUGUGGGUGUCUCUGGGCCUGUGGGGCCUGAUCAUCGCUGCAACCGGGUACCUGCUGGCCAAUGAACACUUCUUCUACCGCAACAACCGGACUCAGUGCGAGAGCUUCAACAUCUGCAUGGGCUUCAGCCCGCUGUCUACGUGGCACAACACCUUCUACGUAAUCCAGUUCUUCCUGCCAACCACCAUCGUCACCUUCUGCACCGUCUGCAUAACCUGGCAGCUGAAGAGCAAGACGCUUGACACCAGAGGGAAGAUCAAGCGGGCGGUGCAGUUCGUCAUGGCCGUGGCACUCAUCUUCAUCAUUUGCUUCUUCCCUAGUACGGUGUCUCGGAUCGCUGUGUGGAUCCUCAAGGCCUGGUACAACGAAUGCCGGUAUUUCCAAGAGGCCAAUCUGGCAUUCUACACCUCUGUGUGUUUCACCUACUUCAACAGCGUGCUGAACCCCAUCGUAUACUACUUUUCCAGCCCGGCCUUCAACGGGACCUUCCUAAAGCUGUUCAACAGACUGCUAGGGAGGAAAGAGGAGGAACAGUCAGCCUCGCCUGUGAAUGGGACCGGGAUCUGCAGUCCGAACACAGUAUCAGGGAGGAUCUGAAGUGGUAGUUAGUCACUUCUAACCACUGAUCCAGGAUCUGGGCCUGGGCAUGUACUCGCAAAGUGUCUCAGAGUAAGUCUUAUUCAUUGUGGUCUAAAAUACAAAACUGAUCUUAGAUCAGCACUCAUACAUUGAGACCCUUUGUGAAUAUGGACCCAGAAGUAUCUGACUCUGUGUGGUUAUUUCUACUCCUAGUGCAGGGUUCCCCAACUGGUGGCCCACAGGUGAAUUUAUUUGGCCCCCCAAGUUUUCUGAGCAAAACAAAUCUAUAUAGAUAUUUUAUUUUUUGGAGUUAUUGUUGUUGGACAUACAAUAUUGUAAAAACACCAGCAAAAAUAAAUCAAGUGAUUUUAAUUAUGGAUAUCUGUUCCAAAGAAUUCCCACACAUUAAAGACAAAUACAAUAUAUAUGGGAUCAUAUGUAAAUGUAAGCAAGGUUUGAAAUGAUUGUUUUAUUUAUAAUUAUGUUCUGGCCCCCUGACCAUGCUGAAGAAUAAAUCAGCCUGCGGCUCAAUCUAAUUGA